AUGGUGGCGACGGGGCCACAGCUCUGGGGCGGCGGGGUGGCGCUGGCCGGGCGGAGGAGGCGCCGGGCGGUGGUGGCGACAGGGCCGCACGGCUCCGGGGCGGUGGGGUGGUGCUGCGGCGGCCGGGGUGGGGCGGCGGCAGCGUCCGGGCGGUGGCCGGGCGGAGGGGGUGCCGGGCCGUGGUGGCGACGAGGCCGCAGGGCUCCGGGGCGGCUGGGUGGUGCUGCGGCGGGGUGGGGCGGCGGCAGCGUCUGGGCGGCGGCGGUGCUCGACGGCGGCGGUGCGGGCGCGGUUGAGUGGGGCGCGGGGUGGAGAGGGGGUGAGAGUGAGGGGAGAGAGCAAUUGGGGUGGGCGGCCGUUACUAAUUAG